CAUAAUGUCGACAAUUCCUAUCUAUGUCUGGGUCGUCGUUCUGAAACAAGUUGGGUUUGGUUGAGCAAGGGUUUCACGUUGACAUCUCAAUCAAUCAAAUCAAAGCCCUAAUCUUACCAGCAAUCAAGGCCAGAUCUGUGUUAAGGACAUAUUUCUCGCCGGAGAGUAUGGCGGAGGUCGGCGGCGUGUGGAAGAGAGUGGUGGUGGUCGGCGGCGGCGUUGCCGGAUCUCUUGUUGCCAAGUCUCUUCAGUUCAAUGCCGAUGUGACCUUAAUCGAUCCGAAGGAUUAUUACGAGAUUCCAUGGGCGAGCUUGAGGGGAUUGGUUGAGCCAUCGUUCAUCGAACGAUCGGUCAUUUAUCACAAGGAUUAUCUAACCAACGGCCGCCUUGUCGUGUCAAAAGCCAUCGACAUUUCUAACUCUCAAGUUUUGACGGAAGAGGGCCGUCUCAUUACAUACGAUUACCUCGUCAUUGCCACCGGUCAUGACGAUCCGUUCCCCAAAACUCGAUCCGAGAGGCUUAAGGAAUACCGGGCAGAGCAUGAGCGCAUAAGAUCGGCGAAUUCAAUUUUGAUCGUCGGAGGUGGUCCAACGGGAGUCGAACUAUCCGCGGAAAUUGCCGUUGAUUUUCCCGAUAAAAAGGUUAUCCUCGUCCACGAGGGACCGCGGCUACUCGAGUUUAUAGGGCCAAAGGCGGCUCACAAGACUCUCGAAUGGCUAAAAUUGAAGAAAGUUGAAGUUAAACUACAACAAUCGAUCGACUUAAGCAACGCCUCCGACGAGAGCGGAACUUACACAACUUCGUCGGGAGAAGUUAUUAAAGCCGACAUCGUUUUCGUUUGCACGGGUACGCAUCCCGCCUCGGCUUGGCUGCGGGACACGGUUUUGAAGGAUAGUAUCGAUGGAUCCGGAAGGUUGAGGGUUGACGAGAACCUCCGAGUUAAAGGGCACAAUAACGUAUUCGCCAUCGGAGACAUCACCGAUGUUAAGGAAAAUAAACAAGGGUACUUGGCGCAAAAGCACGCGAUGAUAGCAGCAAAAAAUCUGAAGUUACUGAUAAGCGGAGGAAAGGAGGAGAAGAUGGCGACACACAAGGUGCGCUCGGUAAAAGUGAUCGUGUCGCUAGGGAGACACGACGCCGUGGCGCAGUUCCCGAUGACGACGAUGAUCGGGCUCGUCCCGGGUUUGAUCAAGUCCAAGGAUUUGUUUGUUGGGAAGGUAAGGAAACAGUUGGGGCUCGACCCUCGACUUGUCGAUUAUUAAUCGAUAUAUAUAUAUAUAUAUAUAUUGAUUUUAUCUGCUCGAAAGGUAUUUAUUAUGUCAUUUUCCGUCGGAGAAAUAUAAAGUAUAUAUUUUUCUUUUUUUCUUUUUUUUUUUUAAAAGUAAAUACAAAGCAUUCUAUGUUGUGUAAAUUCAUAUGAUUUGUAUGUAAUAAAUUACAAUUGUUUGGGAAUUUGGAAUUGCAUGUAUUCAUUAUUUUUU